AUGAAGACGUUCAGUGUUGCAGUAGUUGUGCUCACAUUCAUGUGUAUACAGGAGAGCUCUUCUGAGGAGGCAGUGAGCAACGAGAAUCUGGUCUCUGAACAUCCAGAGAGUUCAGUGGACUCAUGGACGAUGCCGUAUAACAGACAGAAGCGUGGCGUCAAGUGUAGAUUUUGCUGUGGCUGCUGUGGGCUUAGUGGCUGUGGAAUCUGCUGCCCAUUCUGA